AUGGCGGACCACAACCUUGGUGAGAAGGAGAAGAUCGAAGCUCCUCACACAAACAAGAUUCCCUACUGGAGAAUCGUCUUCGACCAAGCUGGUGUUACCGAUGCCGUACUCAACCACCCAUAUGCAGGUUCCGGAACCGACGAGGACCCAUACCUUGUACAAUGGAUCCCCCACGAUCCCAGAAACCCCAUGGGCUUCAAGACAUCUACCAAAUGGUUCAUCACCCUGAUUGUUGCCUUGGCAACUCUCGCUGUCGCCCUCGUGUCUUCCGCAUACACGGGUGGUCUCAAACAGAUCAUUAUGGAGUUUGGCAUCAGCCAGGAAUUGGCGACCCUGGGUGUGUCGCUGUUUGUUGUCGGUUUCGCCGUCGGCCCGCUGCUGUGGGCGCCUCUUAGUGAAAUCUUUGGACGCCAAGUCCUGUUCUUCAUCACCUAUGCUGCCCUGACGGCCUUCAACGCCGGCUGCGCAGGUGCAACCAACUCGUACUCUCUGAUCAUCCUGCGUUUCUUCGCUGGCGCGUUCGGAUCGUCGCCGCUCACCAACGCCGGUGGUGUCAUUGCCGACAUGUUCCCUGCUGCCCAGCGUGGACUGGCCACCAGUCUCUUCGCAGCCGCACCUUUUCUUGGACCUGUCCUGGGACCCAUCAUUGGUGGCUUCCUUGGCGAAAGUGCUGGAUGGAGAUGGGUGAUGGGAUUCCUGGCGGCCUUCUCUGGACUUUUCUGGAUCGUCGGAUCGUUCCUCGUGCCAGAGACUUACUCGCCCGUGCUUCUGCGCAAGCGCGCGGCCAAGAUGAGCCAGAUGACGGGCAAGGUUUACGUCAGUCAGAUCGAUGCCGACCGCGGAAGAGUCACCUUGGGACAGUCCCUCAAGACUGCUCUGUCGCGACCCUGGAUCCUCCUCUUCAGAGAGCCCAUCGUGCUUCUGCUGUCCAUUUACAUGGCCAUCAUUUAUGGAACCCUCUACAUGUUGUUUGCCGCCUACCCCAUUGUCUACCAGCAGAACCGUGGUUGGAGCCAAGGUAUCGGCGGUCUGGCUUUCUUGGGAAUCAUGGUGGGUAUGCUCUUUGCUGUCGCCUACAACAUUCCCGACAACAAGCGUUACAUCAAGACUGAGCAGAAGAACGAUGGCUACGCACCUCCAGAGGCCCGUCUUCCCCCUGCCAUGAUUGGAUCUAUUGCCCUCCCCAUCGGCUUGUUUUGGUUUGCCUGGACCAACUAUCCUUCCAUUCACUGGAUGGCCAGUAUCGCUGCCGGUGUGCCAUUCGGAUUUGGCAUGGUCCUGGUUUUCCUCGGUAUUCUCAACUACCUCAUCGAUGCGUACACCAUUUUCGCCGCAUCCGUUCUGGCUGCCAAUGCUGUGCUUCGUUCCCUGUUCGGUGCCGCAUUCCCGCUCUUCACGACGUACAUGUACAACGACCUCGGUAUUCACUGGGCAUCAACCGUUCCCGCGUUCCUUGCGCUCGCUUGUGUUCCUUUCCCCUUCCUCUUCUACAAGUACGGCCCUGCAAUUCGCUCGCGCUGCAACUUUGCUGCCGAAUCUGAGGAGUUCAUGAGGAAGCUCAAGCGCCAGCAGGAUGAGGCGGCCGCGAUGGAGGAGGAGCCCCAGACCCCCGAGACGGAAGAUGGAGAGGAUGACGAUUCGUCAAACACAUUGACCCAGACGCACACUGGAGCUACUCGCGCCUCGAAAAGAUCCUCGCUUGCACGUGUCUCAAGCAACCAUUUGCACCGCAAGGCCACAUAUGAGGGAAACCCUUACGAUAUCGACAGGGUCAACACCAGAGAGUCGUUUGCAAGAGCGGCCAGCAGACCGCACUCGAGGGCAUCCAGAGUGUAG